AUGUCUGACUACGGUACUGGCUCCAGACAAGAGCGAAUUUCCCACACGUUUCUGGCUUCGGUCUUCUUGGAAGAUCUCGAGGAUGAGGAAGAUCUCGAGGAUAAAGAAAAGAAAGGAAAGACACCUCUGGACUACAUACCGACGUUCGAUGCUAUACUAUGGGAGUUGGCGAGGUCUGAGGACAUCACGGCGUUCUUGGAUGCUAUCCGUACUAUAAGGUCUACCACCCUUCGGCGUUCCGAGCGCACGAGGGGCAAGAUUGACUCUCGUUCGUACGAUAAACUGGAGAAAGCUUUGCUAACAGCCAUCCUUACGCAUCCCGACGAAUGGCAAAUGCGCAUCUGGAGGUGGACACGCGAACUGCUGAAGAUGCGCACAGAGUUCGAGGAUGGGGCACGCCUGUUCGUGCAUGCUCUACGCAUGUCCGCUGUGGCCUCCUCAGAGACUCUGCUCGAGGUACCAGCUGAGCUCAACAUUGCUGUGAGGCAGUAUUUGUAUGAGGAAAGAGAGGCUCUCAAGGACAAGUACAGUGCCAUCUGGCUUUCGAAGGUUGGCAUGCAGGCUAGUACCGACGACAACGACACAGGAGAACUUCUGGAGCCCGAAAUCCCUCAUGACAGCCCUGAUGCUGGUGACGCCCAGUUUUCGUAUGACUGGACCCGACCUGAUGCUCUGGACACGUUUGAGCUCAACAAGAAGACUACAAAAUCUUUCCUUGACGCGUUUAAGUCGGUUCCUGGUUUCCUGCUCCGUGUCUGCCGUCACUGGUGCCGCAUCCUGCGGGACUACUUCACGCAAGCCAUACAACCUGAGACUACGCAAAAACAGUCGGCAUGCCUCAAGGCUGCCGCUGUAGAUGUGUUGGUUGCGAUGAAGAUAGCUCCACCAUCUGACGUCGCACGGUCUGAAGAGUGGCGAGACGCACUAGUGGCGAGUGGUCUCGCUGAGUUGAUGCAGAAGCUCGAUAGCGACGACUUUUUUGCUGUGUGGGGACUUGAUGUGAAGAAGUUGGGUGUGGCUAUGCGCAUCGAGCUCAUGCGCGCCUCGUGCGUUCACCAGUGGAGGGAGCAAUUCAAGGCAAUUUGGCAGGAGUGGACUCCGAAAAGCGCGGCGGGACUAUCCCCACUGGCUGCUCCGCCUAACACUGGCAAAACGCUUCUGGAACACUACAAUGAUCCCAAGAACGCGUCAGAUUCCACAGCCAAAGUUGGCUAUCUUCGAGUAAAGAACAAGAGGUUGAACCGGGAGCAUUCAUUCAGGCAACAAGCGAAGCGGCGCGAGGCUGAGAAGAAAGCGGCAAAGGCGGCAAAGAACACGACUACAAGACCCUUGGCGUUCAAGCCCAGCCCCUACAAGACGUAUAGGGAGUUGACCUGGGGUGAGGCUUUAUAUGUCUUCUUGUCUGAUCAUCCAGAAGCACUGCCGUCACGAUUCAACAUGCAAUUCACCUACUUCCUUCUUGACCUGGCAAACUUCCUGCGGAACUACGAGGAAUGGAUGCGGGCGGUUCUUCGUGAAUAUGGUCUCUAUAUCCCGGAUGAGCAGGUUGUAGACACGUACAAUCAACUGAUGCAGCUGGAUAAGAAGGAUGUGGAGCUUGGUUUGGCACCUCGUCUGGAACUCACGCUGCGUCUGUCGCGCGAGCUUCGAAAGCGCCGCAGCACCUACGUGAAGAAGGGCAAGGUUACCUUGAAAGAUCUGAAGUCAAUGCCGGAGGUGAAGAUCCAUCCUGUGACAAAGAUGGCAGAUGGCCGGUUAGAGUUGGUGGAACGUAAUGGCUUCAGUGUUCAUCCCCCAGAGGCACAGCUACAACCUAAGCGCCCAAAACCGCCUGCAUCGACGGCCGCCAAUACCCCCACUAAUACGUUUACGCCUACCAUAUACGACCCGGUCAAAUUUGGGCUUAUCAAGAUUGAUCAGCGUGUAGACAUCCUAGAGAAAUAUCACCGCGACGUUCAUAUCCUGGUUGAGGAAGGCACAGAGAAGAUUGUUGCCGGGAUCAUCUACAAGGCUUACCAGGUCGUCGCGCUCCGAGAGGCACUCAAGCAUCAUGCUUUAGUCUCUCUUCACCCUGGUCUACAACGCGGCAGCAAUUUCGCGCCUUUCGCAGUCGGUGAUAUGGUGGGCUCGGGCUUCCGUAAAGCUAGCGGAGGCGCCAGGGGAGAAGGUGCUAAGGGGCCUCAAGGCAUGCUCAGAAGCAACGCGGAGAAGAGCGAGAUGGAUGGCGGCAACCAUGACGUCGAGAUGAUGUUCGCACAUACCCAGGACGUCGAGGAGAUGUUCAUUACCGUUCAGAAAUACGCUCCGGAAGUCGCGCGCGAUAUCCAGCAUGUCUCGGAUGUCAAGGGUGGAGACAAGAGCAUGGGCUUCAACGGUGCGAGUGCAUACUACUGCACAAACUAUGUUUCCCCACAGCACAAGGAUAAAGACAAAGGUUGGUCUUUGUGCUCUCAGAUCUCGAAGGAUUUGGCGGCGGCUGGAGGCAAUCCCGAGACGGACUUCAACUUCGCGUUGACACACUGGGGAAGAUAUUUUGUUACUAGGCCUAACAGUGUGUGGUGGUUCCACAGCAACGAGAUGCAUGGUACCAUCAUGCCUGCUCAGUCCACCAUUGACCGUCUUCGUGAGCUGGUCAAGAUCGAACGGCAAGCUGUCCGACGCACUCUACGUCUUCGAGGAGGAGCUGGGAUACUUGCCGGCUUACUGCCAGACCGGGAUAAUACUCCUGGUUCAGUUGGCGUGCAUGUCACAAACCGCCGGAGGGAUGUUGCCCGAGCGACCCACUAUGCUGAGGUACAGCAGGCUACUCGCACCCGACACGCGUACUGGCAAGGUCGCAUCUCACGAGCACGAGAAGGACAGACGGCGUGA